AUGCCUUCCAGCAACAAUUGGGAUCAGCUAGGGCGAGGCAGACGCUUUCGACCGAAGCCCUUCGAUUUCAGUUUUAUCUUGAACCCAAUUCCUCCUGUUGCCAGUCAUCUCGCUAAUUCAAUCGACAGUCUAUCUCCCGCGGACGAAACAGCCAGCCACUCCACCACUCAAGAUUCACCUCUCGUCAACGAGCCUGUCUUAUGCCGCAAACGGUCAUGCCGCAAUCCAGUCCGAGCUAAUCGCAAGCACUGCGGUGAUUGCCUCGAUAAAAUGUCGGCUAAACAGCGAGCUUGGAUCCGGAAACGCCGCAAUCAGGGCAUCAAAGAUCCCGUCACUGGCGAGACGGUUAAGCUAUGCGCCCAAUGUAGUGUGCCUUCUGACAAGUACACCUGUGGCCUUUGUACCAAGAGACAGUCAGUUUCCAAAAUGAACUUAUACCACGGACGGCGCGGGAAGGGUCUAUGCACAAAAUGCGCUAUGGAACUGGACAGAGAGGGGUACUGUUGCAAGACGUGCUAUAAGAAAGAUCGGAUCAAUGCAAGAAGAAGAUCCCGGAAGAAGAAGAAGAGGCAGGAUAAGUACCAUUAUGCUGAGGCGAUUGAAGGCACUAAGAUAUCUAGAAAGUAG